AUGGACUAUAAAGAAAACAGUGAGAAGGCAAAUAUAAAGGAUGUAGAUUUUUAUGUUACUAUAAAGCUACGCUUUUGUAUUUGCCUUAAAGAUAAUAAUGAUAUAAUUAUUGGGAAAAAAAUAUAUGAUGAGAAAAAAAAAUUAAUAAAAAAAAUAAUAUAUUUAAAAAAGUUUACAUUGAAAAAAAAAAGAAAUGGAAACUUACGAGUGGAAAAUACCCAACUAAAAAAUACUGAUAAUAAUACUGUAGAAAAAAAAGAAGAACAAAUAGAAAACCAAAAACUAGAAAAAAAAAUUGAUUCAAUCUCAUCAUGUACUAUACAAACAAAUAAAAAUCAAAAUCUUACUGAUAAAAAAGACGAGAAUAAACAUAAUAAUUCUAUAUCUAAUUACACAAAUAUAAAUUAUAAAGAAUGGUGGAAGGAAAAAAACCAAAAUAAUUUUUUUAUAACUUGUUAUUUAAUUAUAGACAAUGAAUUUUUUUCUCACCCAGUUACUCUCGAAUGUGAUGAGAUUAAAAUAAAAGGUGAAGCUGAUGAAACCCAAAUUAAAAAAAAAAAAAACACAGAAAUUGAUAUAAACGUUGAAAAAAAAAAAGAAGAAUAUCGUGACCCAAUUGAUAUGUUUAUAGAAAGAAAAAAAAAUAAAAUCAUAAAUAAAAUAUUUAUAUUAAAUAAAAGAAUAUCUUUUCCAGUGAAAUAUCGGCAAUUAAACACAAAUAGUUAUUUAUUAUUUAUUUUUCAAAAUAAAAAUAAUACGGAUGUAAGUUAUUAUUCAUUUUGUAGAUUGUUUACUCAAAAUGGUGUUUUAAAGCAGGGCCUUCAAAUAAGGCAUAUGUAUUACACAGGAAGUAAUGACAAAAACAAUCAUAAUAUAACAGCUAGUAAAACUGCUCAUCGUGUUACUAGACAUGUUGCUGAAGCAUUGAGGAGGAAUAUUAUUUAUAUCAAAAAUGGCUCGAAAAAUAAAUCAAAGCAAAGCCUUUUUCGUUUUUUAAAAAACAAUUAUGCAUAUAAUGAUUUAUUAAAUGUUUGUAAUUUAAAAAAAAAAAAUAUAAAAAAGGAAAAAUGCAUAUCUAGUAAGAGCGACACAAAAAAUAGAAUAAUAGCGCACACCAAAUUUUCUAUUGACAAAUUUAUAAUAAAAAAAAAAAAAUAUAAAGUUAGUCUUAUAAAGUCAAAUAAUAAACUCAGACCAUAUACAAAAAAGGUGUUACAUAUUCAUAAUACGAUUCAUCAGGUUAGCCAAAAAGGAAAGGACGAAGAAAUAAACUCGUUAGGAGGUAAUAUACAUGAUAACUGCCAAGAAACCCCAAAUGGUGAAAACUCUAUGAGCAGCUUGAACAGCUUUAACGUGGGCUUGCUUAGAGAGGGAAAGUAUUGUAAUUAUACUCCUUCACAUAAACAAAAAAACUUUUACUUAAAUUUAUUAAAAUAUAAACAUAUGGAUCAUUUUAUAAAUUCCCUAAAAAGGAAUAUCAUAAAAAAUUAUAAAACCUUUGAGAAAAAAAAAUUAAUAUAUAAGAAAGAGGUAGAAAAUGGAAAAAUAGACAAAAGCAAUCAUCGAAUAAAAGAAAUAGGAUAUAUAAAAUAUGAAGUUAAUCAGAAUAAAAAGUGUAAAGUUUUCACAAGUUUAAAUGAGAUCAAUAAAAAAAAGGAUGAACAAUUUUCAAAUAAUAUGACAGAUAUAUAUUGGAUAAAAAAUAAAAAUUUAUUAAAAUGGAAAAAUGGAUAUAGUUAUAUAAAAAAAUAUAGCUACUUAUACGAUUUACAUAAUGGUAGAUCACCAAAUGUUGAAAGUAGAAAUACAUUUAAAUUACUUAAAGAUAUAAUAAAUAUAUAUAAAAAGUUUAAAAUUUUUAAAGAAAAAAAAAUAAAAGGCUACUUAAUAUUUAAUUGUGUAAGUUUUAAUAAAGCUAAAAUAUGCUAUAAUGAAAAGAAAAAAAAGUUAAUUGGAUUUCAUGAAAAUAUUUUUAAUGAUAUAGGAAAUAAAGAAAUUGAAUAUUCAAAUUAUUAUCAUAACACUGGUUCAAAUUAUGAUUGGUUUUUUAAUUCUUUUGAUUAUGUUGGAGAUGCUAGUAGUGCUAAUAAUGCUAGUGAUUUAAGUUUUAAUAAAUUUGCCAAAUCAGUUGCAAAAAGGCAAAAAAAAAGUAGAGAUCAAAAUUUAUUUCUUCCCAAUUAUUUAUAUGAUGAUAGAAAAGUAAGUGAAGUAAAGGAAAACGAUGCAAACUAUUUAAAUAACCAGUCUAAGAUGGUAAAAAAUAAAAAGGAUUCUGAAAAAAAAAAAAAUAUUUUAUGUAAGAGAAAUACAGUGGAUGUAAUUCGAGACUUUAAUAAACGUCAUAGAUAUACAGAAAAAAAAAUGAAUGAUAUAUUUGAUCAUAUUAGUAAAUAUACAAAUAGAAUUAGUAAAAAUAUAAACCUAAGUAAUAUAAAUAGAUAUGAUGAUUAUCCAUUUAAUUUUUUUUCAAAAGAGAAAUAUGAAGAUAAAAAUAUAUCUAUUAGUACACCACCUAUAGAUGAGAUCAAAAUAUUAAAUUAUGUUUUAAGUACCCCUUUACCUAAAAUAAAUGAUGAAGGAAAACAAUGUUUAUGGAAAUUUCGUUUAUUUUUAGUAAACCGUAAAGAAACAUUGGGAAAAUUUAUUAAAUCUGUAAAUUGGAAAAAUAAAAAUGAAGAAAAAGAAGCAAUAAGUUUGUUAAGAAAAUGGUCAAAACCAUCUCUAGAAAAUUGCUUAGAAUUAUUUCAUUUAUAUAUGCGUUAUAAUGUUAUAAAAAAAUAUAUUAUAGAUAUAAUUAAAAAUGCAAAAAAAGAACAAUUAAAAUUAUAUUUAUUUCAAAUUGUACAACGAUUAAGAACAUUUAAUUAUCAACGUAUCGAUGAUUUAUUCAUUGAUAUAUUAAUACAUAAAUGCGUGAAAUCUAAAAAGUUGUCUAUCUAUUUAUAUUGGUUUCUUCUUAGUGAAACACAAGAUAAACAUAAUGGAAAAUUAUAUUUACAUGUUCAUAGAUUAUUUAUAAAUAAGCUAGUUAAAUCCAAUUCAAAAAAAAAAAAAAAAAUUUUAGAAAUUCUAAAAAAUCAAAAUAGAUUUCGUAAUCAGUUACUUUACCUAACAAUAAUAGCUAAAAAUAAAAGUGAUCAUAUUCAAAAUAAAACAAAAAAAAUUAGAAAAAAUCUAUUUUAUUAUAGACAAUGUUUUGGCUAUAUAAAUGUCAAAAAUUUUAUAAAAAAUAAUAUAUUUAUUACUGAUCAAAAUGUUUACAAUUUUUCUCAUACUUUCGAAAUUCAAAAAAACAAUGACAAUUUUUCUUCUAACCCUAUAGAUACUACCGUUUUAAAUAAAUCCACAACUGAAGGAGGGUCACUUCAAAAUGGCUCUACAAGUUUGCUAUCAACUUUUACGCCGUCUAAUGCAUCUCUUGUCAAUCAACAUGAAGAAUAUCACUCUUUAAAAAGGAAUCAGAAUAUUAAAGCGAUGCCAGACGACCUUUGCAACUCUAUAUAUUACCUAAGCCCAGAACUCAGUAUCCAUUUUAAUGCGGAUGAAGAUAAAUAUGCAUUUCAAUAUGAAAGAAAGUGUAAUAUGUCUGAUGAAUAUAUUAAUAGUAAUGCUAUAAGUAAUGUUAGUCAUAAUCGAAAUCAUGACAACAAUUUUGAUAAUGAAAGUAGUGGAUAUGUAAUAAAUUAUAUUGAUGAUUCUAAAGUAGUGAAAAUUGAAAAAAAUAGGGAUAGUUCUUUUUUUUCCAAUUUUUUACAAAAUAAUGACAGUUUUGGAUUUUUCCUUAAUUAUAGUGAUGAUGAUAAAAGUUUUGAAAAUUUAGAUGAUUCAAUAAAUAUAGUUCAAGAACAAAAGAUUAAAAAAGUAACUACUCCUUUAAUUUUGCCAAUAGAUCCAAAUACUGAAUUAUUAACUUUUUUACCUGAACAUUCAUAUGUUUUACGAUCAUCAUUAUAUCCUAUUGUUAUAGCUUGUUUGGUUAGAAAAAAAAUAAAAUUAUUUCAUUCAGAUUAUCAUAAUUUAAUUAUUAAUAAACAAAAAUAUUUAAAAAAAAAUAUAAAAAAAAAAAAAAAAAAUUAUUCCUUAUAUCAUUUUUAUGAUUCAAAAUUUAUUAAAGCAUUAUAUAAUUCAUUUGAUAAAGCAAAAGAUUUUCAAUAUUAUUAUAAAAACAUAAAAUGUGAAAAUAAUGUUAUUUUUUAUAAAAAACAAAAAAUUGAACGAAUAAGUCCUUCACAAAAUAGUGAGCUUCUUAAAGAUGGAAAGAAACAAAAUACAAAAGUAAGAACCGAUAUUUUAAAGGAAAUGAAAAUAAAAAUAUCAAAUGGUAAGGGACAAUAUAAUAAUGAUGAUUCAUUAGCAGAUAUUAAUGAAAACUAUGGAGAAUAUGAUUAUACCUUCAAUCCUGACUUUUCCCAUUUUGAAAAUAAAAAAAUAGACACUGAUUCGAUAGUUACACCUACUUCAAACUCAUUGAUGAAAAAGAAAAGUGACAUAAAUAAUUUGGAAAAACCAGACUCGAAAUUAUGUAAAAAAGAAAAUGAUCCCUCAAAUGAUAAAGUAGAAAAUGGACUAACACAAAAAGACAAACAAAAUAGUAUUAAUAAAAAACGUGUAAAAAAAUAUAAUGAAAUAUAUGAACUAACUAUUAAAAAAUAUAUAUAUAAAGCAGGAGAUGAUUUAAGACAAGAUCAUUUAGUAAUACAAGUUAUAUAUAUAAUUGAUAAUAUUUGGAAAAAGUAUGGAUUAAAUUUAAAAUUAACAUUAUAUAGAGUUUUAGCUUUAUCGACUAAUGAUGGAUUUAUUGAAUUUGUAGAUUAUGCUGAAUCAAUUUCUUCUAUAAAAAAAAAUUAUAAUGGUGAGAUUAGACAAUAUUUUAUUCAUCAUAGUAAAGAAAGAAAUACACCCUUAGGAUUUGAUAGAGAAAUCUUAGAGAAUUUUAUUUCAAGUUGUGCUGGUUAUAGUGUUAUUACUUACAUAUUAGGAAUAGGAGACCGACAUUUAGAUAAUCUAAUGGUAUCUAAUGAUGGCCGUUUUUUUCAUAUUGAUUUUGGAUAUAUAUUUGGUGAAGAUCCUAAACCAUUUUCACCUCCUAUGAAAUUAUGUAAAGAAAUGAUUGAAGCAAUGGGUGGGGCUCAAAGUGUAGGAUAUGAACAAUUUUUAAAAAAAUGUUGUUUAGCAUAUAAAUAUUUAAGAUACCAUUCAACAUUAAUUAUAAGCUUAUUAGAUUCUAUGUGUGAAUCGGGUUUAAAGGAUAUGAAAACGGCACCAGAAUUAUGUGUUUUAAAAGUUCAAGAAAAAUUUAGAUUAGAUUUAAAUGAUGAAGCUGCAGAAAUUCAAUUUUUGGAAGUUAUUAAUGCAUCUGUUAAGACACUUUUCCCAAUAGUUGUAGAUAAGCUUCAUGAAUGGGCCCUAAACUGGAAGUGA